AUGAAUGAAAUUAUAUAUAGGAAACAGCAAUUAACAAUCAACACACUUUCAAGUUACUUGGCUCUACAUAGACCAUCACCAUCAAAUGUUUUACAAAAUAUUAAUUUGCAUAGAAGCAAGUUGUGGGAUUUAUGUGACAGGCAACGUUUAUUUCUGUUUGGCAAUCAAUGGACAUUUUGUUUACAUGAAACUAAAAAUAAGAAAGUGAAACGUAUACAUAAUUAA